GUGGCGCAGAUCCUUGGACACCAUGCUGACAGAUCUGGAGGGCGCCAUAAACAACAUCAUCCAAGUCUACCACAACUACUCCCUGCUGAAGGGCAAUCACCAUGCCAUCUACAGGGAUGACUUGAAGAAACUGUUAGAGACGGAGUGUCCUCAGUUUCUGAAGAAAAAGAAUACAGAUACCUGGUUCAAAGAGCUGGACAUCAAUGAGGAUGGCGCAGUGAACUUUGAGGAGUUCCUCAUCCUGGUGAUCAAGGUGGGCCUGGCAGCCCACGAAGACAUCCACAAAGAAACCCACAAAGAGUAGCGGAGCUCCCACGCCCGGGGGCGGGGCCCGGGGCCUGUUUCCUUAGAGGAAUAAAGUAGUUCAUACCUCAGGCCUCUCCUGGUCUCUUGCUUUUUCUCUUGCGGAAGGAGAUCGCAGGGGAGAGGAGGCAGAUGGAGGGAGGCUUGGAAAACCCAAACGAAAAAUAAACUUGUUACCCCGCCUCCCACUCUCUGUGUGUCACGAGCCUCCAGUGCUCCCACUUGUCUGGUUUCCUCCCUGUGUUCUUCCCAAACGAUUCCUGAGUCUCUUCCAGGCCCAGGAUCCCGCGUCAUUGGUUCUAGGGCUUAAGGAUUCUAGUACGUCCAUGACACUAUCGUGGGUGACUUUCCUGCUUGUUUCUGCCGAUUAAAAAAAAUGCACAACCUAAAA